CUUGUGUUCCGUCACCACGGAGUGCAUUCUGAGUAAAGGGCUCAGAUUUUAUUUUUGGACUGUUAUGGAGCCUGUCUCUUCCAUUUGUAGGAAGGGGGUAGAGUUGAGCCUGACAUGAGUCGCCCGCUCUGACACACCAGGCUGGGACAAGCAGGCGGCAACCGGCAGCCCCGCGAGCAGCAGUCUCACCCACAGGAGACUGUCUAAAGUGUGCCAUCUGUCAUCUUAUACAAUCAUCAUCUGGUCUGUGGUGCCGCAUAAGAGCCCCACCCUGGUCAGGAUCGCUGGAGUGUUGACUUACAGGACAGUGAAAGUGAUGCAGAGCGGGCAGGAGCUGAGCGCCAUGACACGGAGAGAGUGAGAGACCGGUUCCUCUUCUCCUUCUGGUGUUCCACCUAAAAUUAGGCCAAGGGAGCCAGCAGCCUCAGACUCCAGACUCGAACCAAAGACACGGGGGCUGAUUUCCUCAAAGCCAUGAGUUAUGGGGCUGUUUACAGUCAGGGCCUGCUGUCCCAGCAGUACCCCCCAGCCCUGCUGCCCAAACCUGGCAAGGACAAUGCCCGCCUUCAGAAACUGCUUAAGAAGAGCGCCAAGAAGAAGGCUGCCCAACAAUCCCAACAGAUGCCCCAUCCUUUCCGCUCGAGUUUGUCGCCUGUAAACGAAGCCAGUCCUGACCUGGAACACAGUGACCACUCCACCCCUCCCAGGACGCCUGAGACGCCAUCGUACGCAACUCUGCACCCCCGUUUUAGCGUCAGACCCCUUUACCAGCACGUGGCCUCUCCGUACCCUCACCAUAAAAGCUUCACGUAUGGAAAGACCGCCAGGUUCUCCCCUCAGCCGUAUGGAGCUCUGAGCCAACCUGUUGCUCGUGCUGUGACCCCACUUCUCACGUACACACCCCCACCGCGGCCUGCAGGGGUAUCCCCAGGCCCAGGUAGCUAUGCUGAGGCACACACCUCGCUCGGUGCUAUCCCUGCCUCUCCUGUGACUCCUGUCACACCUCGCCCUGCCUUUGAACCUGCACCUGAGAUUUCAAGUUUCCCUGCUACGAAGCCCGCUUCAGAAGCACCUCCAGUGCCAGUACCUGUGAUUGUAAGAGUGUCUCCAGCCCCUGUCCCUGCACCUGCCCUUGUCCCUGUACCUGUAUCUGUACCUGUACCUGCUCCUGCUCAGACUGUUGCCCCUAUUAAAUACCUUACACCUAUCACUUUGGUAACCCACAAAGCACCAAGUCCAAAGUUCAAUGCUUAUGAAGCCCUUAGGGCAUCUUCCAGACCGAUGUUUGAAGUUCCCCAAAUCACAGUAUACACGGCGAAGACGUCAUAUUAUGAGACAGUAACAGCACCACUGCAUGAAACAACAGAGGGUAGAUUGUCUUAUUAUGGACGAUCCCCAUCACCAAGACCCAGGAGUAGAACACCAACACCUGAACCGAGAAGAGGAACAUCUCCUAUGAGACUUUUAAAACCAACAACUAAUGGAAGAAGAGGGACAACUCCAACCUCUGAAAUUAGGGGUAGAACAACACCAACUUCUGAAGUCAAAAGAGGGACAACUCCAACUUCUGAGAUGAGAGGUAGAACCACUCCCAGUUCUGAAGUCCAAAGAGGAACAACUCCAACUUCUGAAAUGAGGGGCAGAGCAACACCAACUUCUGAAACUCGGGGAAGAACAAUACCAAUUUCUGAAGUCAAAAGAGGGACAACUCCGACUUCUGAAAUGCGAGGUAGAGCAACACCAACAUCAGAUGUCAAAAAAGGUACAACUCCAAAAAGAGGUUUAACUCCUACAAUUGAAAUCAAAAGAGUUACAACACCAACAAUUGAGAUAACUGUAUCAAAAACUCCCUCAGGGCGACCAAAGACCCCUUCGCAUGUAGUCCGUGCCAAGACACCUGUAUUUGAAAUAUCAAGGCCUAACCCGCUUUUAUUUGCUGUCCCCUCAGAAUACGAGGGAAGACGAUCUAAAACACCUACUUCACUCUCUGUAUCUGGAGAGGAGAGCCAGAAACCAUUAGAGACUGAACCACCCAAAGUAAGUAUUCCAUUAGAGACCCAAGAAUCAAUACCAAAGACGAGUGUCACAGAACCUUCUCCUGCAACAGCAACAUCUCAACCUGCAAUCACUGUGAGUUCAGCUGCCACUCUGAGACCUAAGACUCCCACUCAAGAAGUUUCCAAACCUGUCACACCAAAGACUGGAUAUCAGCAACCAAAAGUUGCUGCUAAGACUUCAACACCUUCUGCAGGGUCUACAAAAACAAAGUCAGCCCAAAGCUUCGCCCAGGCCUUGAAACCAAUUAUAGGAGUAAGGCCCAAGACCCCAACACACGGUGGUGCAAGAGGCCCGCCUAAAACAUAUUAUGGCUUAACUCCGGCAGCCUACGUCGCUCAUGGGGGCAUACAGACAAUGGCACCGUCAUACAGUAUAUCCAGACCAAGAACACCAACUGCAGAGUCACCGAAACCUGAGGAGCAGAAAGGACCUGAGAAGCAAGUGUCCUCACAAGAACCACCAAAGGUGGAGGUACCAAGUGAACAACAACUAAAAACUACAGUAACUGAGGCACCAACUCAAAAGAGUACAGAAACGAAGGCCUCGUUGGGUGCAGAAGCAACAAGAGUAGAGGUGCCAAGUGAACAACAAGUGAAAACUACUGUUGCUGAGGCACCAACUCAAAAGCAUACAGAAACGAAGGCCUCUUUGGGUACAGAAGCACCAAGAGUGGAGGUACCCAGUGCACAGCAAGUGAAAACAACUGUUGCUGAGGCACCAACUCAAAAGAGUACACCAACUAAGGCCUUUGUGGGUGCAAAACCUCAAGAGGCCAAGAAAUCACCUGCAUUACUGCAUAAGACUAAACCGGUGCCUGUGGUUGAGAGGGCUAAACCACAGGUUACUGAAAUAAAGCAAGCCAAGAGCCCAGCAGCCUCAACUGCGCUUAAAACCUCUUUAACAGAGACGCCAAAAGGCAAAACUGCAAUUAUUGUGCCACCUAAACCAAAGACUCCAACGCCAGGGGUUAAAAUCCCUCCUGCACAAAAACAAAUUGCAGCUCAAUCUUCAAAGUCAAAGACCUCUGAGAAAGCCUCAGAUGAACCAAAGAAACAAGAUGUUAAAAGCAAGAUUGUUAAGGAGCAAAGUAAAGUGUCGACAAGACCAGCCGUGCCAAAAGAUUCUGCUUUAGAGACCUCAACUGUGAAAGCAUCAGGGGCGCAAUCAAUCAGUUCCAUCCUUAGUCCCAAAGCCAAAAUCAGUGAGCCACCUAAAACAGAUAAGAGUGAGGCCCAGCCUGUAACAAAAUCAAAGGAAAAGCCGGCUGAUAAAGAAAAACCCAUUGAAGAAGUAAAAAGUGAAUCAAAGGCUGGUGAACCAACACCAACAAAAACUACUGAGGAAAAGACGGAAAAAGAAGAAAGCGCCUUCCCAAAAGCAGAGCCUCUCCUGAAAGUAGUCCAGAAACCUAAAGGGAUGAUGAAAUCGAAGCUCAGUGGAUGGUCACGCCUCAAGAAGCAUAUGGUGGUAGAGGUGGAGGAACCCAAGUUCCCUGAGCAACCACCAGGUUCUGCCACAGAGCCUAAGAAAGAGAUACCCAACGGUGAACUGCCUAAGCUGAUCUUGAAGAAAAAAGACGAGGAUGAAGUCUCGUCAUCUAGCCAGCCGACGGAGGGCACAGAAUCCCCACGAGCUACCAAGAUGUGGGAUUGCGUUCUCUUCCAGAUGUUCUCCACCAAAGAGAAUGUCAUGCAACAGAUCAUGGCUGACAAAAGCGAGGAGGAGAAGAAGGAGCUGGAGAAGAAAGUGGCGACUAAACCCGAGGAGAUUCCUGCCUUCGCACAUCGCCUGCCAGUCCUCCUAUUCAGUCCUCGAUUCGAUGCUAAAAGGCUGAGAGAAGCAGCAUCUCGACCAGUGACUAAGAUGUCCACCGUGUUUGAAAUGGCCCUCAUAGGCCGCCAUGUGAAGGAUGACGAACCAAAACAAUUCAACAGAACAGCAAAAGGAUUCAAUUCAUCAAAACCCACUGAAGCUUAAUUGAUAUGGGUAACCUGUUUCCUUUCUCUUGUUAAAUAAAUAGUGUACAGUUCUAAUAAUUAAUCAAGCAAGCUCUGAAUCUUUCAUGGUAAUAAAAUAUUUAUAUUUCAACGUUCCGUAUUACACUUGAAGAGCAGACUGUAAACUUAUUUAUCUAUAUAGGAAAAUAUAAAACCUACAGUAUACUGGUGCCAAUUUCUCAGAUAUAAGUACACUCUUAGUAAAAAAGGCGCUAUAUAGAACCAAAAACGGCUCUAUUGCGUGCUUCGUAUGGCACCCUAAAUGGUUCUAUCAUGACCAUUUUGAAGGAUUCAUCAAAGGAACCCCUAAGGGUUCUUUAAAGCCUGCAUGGUUCUAUAUAGCACCCCAAGAGUGUUUUAUUCAGCAUGGACGUAGGGAAAUUUAUAUCACGUACAAUAUGCUCAGUGCUUCACAUUUGUUACAUUAUAAAGACAAAAACUUUAUUAUACACCAUUUGUAACUACACUCCAUUGAACAAUUGAAUUGGGCUAGAAUUACAUUUAAACCUUUCAUGUAUUAAAAGCAUUGGUGAACUAUGCAAAUAUGUCACUAUAUCAACAAAAUACUAAUCAUAAAACCAUGGUGAGGUGGUCAGUAUUUUUCAAAGACAAGAUGGUGCUAUACAACAGGGGAUAUUUAGUGAUAGUGAAUACACAGCUAUUUGCCAAUCGUUAUUUUGCUCAUUAGUUUCGUCAAAGCUUACUGCAGACUGUUUUUUUUUUCUUUCUCAGUGUACUCAGUGUAACAUCGCAGCACAAGGGCCUGUCUGACAGGACAAUGGCAGCGGGCAGUAGCCACAGCUGUAGACAAAAUGAGAAUGGGAGAAGAGUGAAGGGGUGUGUGUGGGUGGGGAAGUGGCCAUGAUAUGGGACGCUGGAAACCUGGGCAAGAGGCUCAGAGACAGAGAUGUGUACAGUAAAUACUGGGCUGUCUGAAUCACAGUGACCCUCACAUGAAGAAGGCAAGCAGAUGGAUAUGCGAUGCAUGCUAGAUCCCAGUGACUAGUGCAUGCUUUAAGUUUACUGCAUGCUUGGAAAGCACAGUAUAGAUGGUCAGCCUUUAUGUGUAGGAUGUCAGAGUGCAGCAUGGUGUCUGGUAUCAAAGCUCUAUAUUUCUGUGGCCUACGCAAAGGGAAGAGAGGUGAUGGGGUGAGGGUGAGGGUGAUGAUGUGGAAAGUGACUGUAAUUCACAAUGCAUGGCUGACAUUUGCAGAGGACAAACAGCGAUAGUUGUAAUGGUGGCAGUGCAGGGUGAUGUGAAAUGAAAUAGAAUUUGUGAACGUGGUAAGUUUGGACCUUUGCUUUUCCCCGCUGCAUGGAUGUUAUUACGUUUAAAUGCGGCUAAGUACACUGUGUCUGUGUUGACAGUGAUGUGUAAGAUGCUUCAGAUGUUGAAGUACAUUGUGUAAGCUUAAAUGUUAUUUUAUAUACACUAUUUUUCUAAUAAAACGGCUUGAUUAGGAGAAA